AUGGAGAUUUCAAGGAGCGUCUCGCCCUCCUGUCAUCUCCGUCAGUCCCCUCCUGCACCGACAACUCCGUACAACUCCGACGACUUAUUAGAUCUAUGCCUACUUCUGCUCCUACUCCUAGCAAUUCUUUUAUACUUGGUGUCGACUUUCCAGGCUCUAGGCGAUUUUGACUUACGAGAACGCCUAGGCGGUGAUCUCACAAGAUGCCUAUCUGUCAACAAUUUCUCUAGUCGUCGGAGUCUCUCCUCUAAUUUGUCCCGAUCCCUGGGAUUGGAUCUUCACUUCUGGAGAAAAUGUUGUAAGAUAUGUAAAUGUCCCAAAGAAGAGCAUGAAGUUCAGGAUGAUGAUAUUUAUGGAUGGGCACAAUUCCAAUUACUUGGUAGCAAACCGAACAAAAUUAAGCAAAAAAUAGUGCUUCCAGGCAAAAAGGAUGAAACCUAUCUGGACUGGACACCGAAAGGUAACAAAGAAACCGUUGAUAAAUAUCUCAAAACCUUACCACCAGAGCAGCUGCCUGUCAUCGGUUCACAAGCUGCACGUGAACGAAAACAGCUUCUUCAAAAACAGAUACCCAUACACGACAUCGAUCCGAAUCUUUGUCAUGAGUUGAACGAAGAAGAGCUCAAACAAAUGAAUGAGUAUAUCGCUCAUGUGAAGCAGAAUAGUGUCGGUGUUGGCCAGAUAGUGAGUCUCUCAAACAUUAUAAAGGGUAACCUGCAUAUGCUGAGCCCUGCUGAUGCAGAAAUUAUCGCUAAGAGGUAUUCCAAGGGAAUCCCUCUUUCGGAAAUUGUCAAAUUACAAUCGCAAAGGAUGUCAGGUGGUUUAGUAAAUCCAGAGUUGAGUAAAAACUUGGAAACCUUGUCCUUGAAUAAAAGGAAUUUGCCUGUCUUCCAUCCCAAAUUACUUGAUCAAAAGGAGGACAUAGCAGAUUUGCGUAUCUCUGAGAAUGUUCAUGACAAACAUUUUCCGGUGUAUGGUUCUGAAAGUAACAAGGCGUUGCAGUCAUCACAGUUUGCAGAUGCACUGAGGCCCAAAAACUACAACAAAGAUAACCGUUUUCUCCCUAUGAAUGAGCAGCAAACAUUUGACCAGACAAUUGAUGAAGAAUAUCAACGAAAUCCUAAUUUCGAUCCAAAGAGACCGAGCCAAUUCAAUCCACAAAGUGUACCUUAUCAGCCUAGUACUGAAAAAGAUGUAUUCCUUGGAGGAAAUAUAUCGGAACAUGAGACUGGAAAUAGUGCCUUUGUGCCGUAUCAGAAAGCAUCAUCCAAUGUGAACCAGCUUGGUGAAAGUUAUACCCAGCAAGCUACUAUAAAAGAUCCUUCUUUCAAUAAGAAUUUGGAAAAACGUAGAAGUAAUAGCUCAACAGAUGUACAAUUGGGUGAGAUGAAUACCCCAUCAAUUCCAGAAAAUCACUUAACAGAAGAUAGAAGGAAAUUUGAUCCAAGAUACAAUAAGUAUGGAGGAGUACUCCCUCCUACUGAAUCAAAAAAUAGUCAAGAUUCCCAGGGAAUGACUUCUAGAGACACAAAUGUUGGAAAACAUCCUCAAGAUUCUAUAACUAAUACUGAAACUAAUCAGCAUCCAACUGGACAGAUUGUUGAUCAUAAUUUUUCGCAAUAUGGCGAUAAUUCUGGUAGCCAGCAUUAUUCGUCGAUCGAAGAUAUACAAGACGACAGAGUGUACGAAAAUGUGAAUCAUUUGAGAAAACAGACUGAAAACUUACCCUCUUACAUUCCUGGAAAAUAUAACAUAUUAUCUGAGCAACAGACGCCGAUGAAUAUUCCAAAAACCUUCAAAGACUUGGCAUUCAGUACUUAUGAUGCUGACAGUAUUGAUCCAAUGGAACGUGAAGCAGCUGCAAAUGAGUUCCGAUAUGGCCAAUACAGACAACCUGGAUCAUAUAAUAAUGGCGAAAAUCGUUCGAAUAACUCAGGAGUACCGAUAAACUCACGCGAGUUUAGGCCCAUUCGGACAAAUGAUAUCCAAAACAUGUUUGAAAAAAAUUCAGCAUUUGAACAAACAAGUGCCAAUGAAAACUCAACUCCAUUUGAAUCCAUGAAUAAUAAAAACUCGAGAUCUCCGCCAAACCAUGAAAGACCAUAUACAAAUCUGUCAAAUAAGUUGAACACUCCAGAGAAAUCAAGUAACGAUUUGAUUGCUUCGGAACCACUUCAUACUAUGAAUCCCUCCUUCAGUCAUGAAAUGCCUUAUUCAUAUAAACCAAAUAGUUUCAAUACACCACAAAAGUUCAGUGGAGAUUUAAAUGAAGUUGAUCCAAUGGAGACUGAAAAUAUUGAAAACCACUCUGGGACUCCCAACAUUCCAAAUAAAAAAUUGUCUGAAAUGCUACCAGUUACACAUGGAACAAACGAAGAUUUUCUGUAUCCAAGCCAAGUGAACAUUGGACUUAUCCAGGAUAUAAACUAUCCAGAUAUCAAGGCUGCUACCCACGGGAGCAACGAUUUCUAUGAGGAAUACAGCCCGGACAGUAUUCGCGAGAUAAUGAACAAUAUCAAAUUGCCUGAUUGCCAUUACUGCAGAAAACCGUUCGAGGAAAACGAGUUUGCAGUUGCUAUAGAUAGAGCUAAAGCUUUGUUCCAUGCUGGCUGCUUCAAAUGUGGCGGUUGCAACCAGAUCUUAGCUGAUAAUGUAUACUUCUAUCAUAAAGAAAGCGAUAAUGUGUAUUGUCUUCGUGAUUAUGCGAAAAUUCGGGGGUUCCCCCGGUGUAAAGCCUGCGAUGAACUGAUUUUCACCAAGGAAUACUGUUUGGCUGAUAAUUCGACAUUCCAUUUGAAGCAUUUUUGUUGUACCGAGUGCGACAAGCCAUUGGCCGGGCAAGAUUAUACAUUAGAAGAGGAAAUGCCAUAUUGUCUUCCUUGUUUCGAGCAGAGCAAAGCUAGCAAGUGCAGUUCUUGUUGUAAAGUGAUCAAACCUGAUGAAGUAGGGUGCACUUUGAAUGGUGUCCACUUUCAUGCUGUUGACGAGUGUUUCGCCUGUCAAAUUUGUAAAAUUCCUUUGAUUGGCUACUACCGAGUAACUCCAUCCACCAUUGAUGAAUGUGCCAUUUUAACAAUGAGACAUUACAUUAAAUGUAUUCUGCUCUGA